UUCGCCUCCUGGCAUUAUCCAGUAACACGUCUCUACGUUAUAUAUUAAAUAGUCGUAUUCGUUAUAUACUAUUGAGGUGAAUAUAUAAAAACACCAUUCAGUCGUCACUCGUUCUUGUACCUCAUAAGACGUUUAAUUAUAAAUAAAAUUACAAUGCGAGCUCUCGUUGCUGUACUGGCAAUUGCCGCAAUUGCCACCGUGUCUGCUGAAGUUUUCUUCGAAGAAAGAUUUUCUGAUGAUUCAUGGGAAAAGAAUUGGGUAUACUCGGAGCAUCCUGGCAAGGAGUUUGGAAAGUUCAAACGAACUGCAGGAAAAUUCUACCACGAGGAAUUAAAAGAUACAGGUAUCCAGACAUCUGAAGAUGCCAGAUUCUAUGCACUCAGUAAAAAAUUCAAGCCUUUCACGAAUAAAGACAAGCCAUUGGUUGUCCAAUUCACCGUAAAGCAUGAACAGAACAUUGACUGCGGUGGUGGUUACGUAAAAGUAUUUGACUGUUCAUUGGACCAAAAGGACAUGCACGGAGAAACUCCGUACCUCCUUAUGUUCGGACCUGACAUCUGCGGACCUGGUACCAAGAAAGUUCAUGUUAUCUUCAACUACAAAGGCAAGAAUCUCUUGAUCAAAAAAGACAUUCGUUGCAAGGAUGACGUAUACACUCACUUGUACACUUUGGUUGUGAAACCAGACAACACCUACGAGGUUCUUAUCGACAAUGAGAAAGUUGAGUCUGGAGAACUUGAAGCUGAUUGGGACUUCUUGCCACCAAAGAAAAUUAAGGACCCAUCAGAAAGCAAACCCGAAGACUGGGAUGACCGCGCAACCAUUCCCGACCCAGAAGACACCAAACCCGAAGACUGGGACAAGCCAGAGACCAUUCCCGACCCAGAGGCCGCUAAACCAGAAGAUUGGGACGAUGAAAUGGAUGGAGAAUGGGAACCACCAAUGAUUGACAACCCAGACUUCAAAGGUGAAUGGAAACCAAAACAAAUUGACAACCCAGCCUACAAAGGACCAUGGAUCCAUCCUGAAAUUGACAACCCAGAGUACGUCAAAGACGAAGAACUCUACAAACGCGAUGAAGUCUGUGCUAUUGGUUUCGAUCUCUGGCAAGUCAAGUCCGGAACUAUCUUCGACAAUGUACUUAUUACUGAUGACCCAGAGGCUGCCAGCAAAUUUGCUGAAGAUGUUUGGAAACCCAACUUCGAGGGUGAAAAGAAAAUGAAGGAGGCUCAAGAUGAGGCUGAGAGAAAAUCGAUGGAGGCUGAAAAACCAGAGGCUCCAGAAGAAGAUGAUGAUGAGGAUGACGAUGAUGCGGAAGAAGAAGACAACACCGUACCAGAAGUUGAGGAGCACGACGAAUUGUAAAUAAAAAAAAUGUCACGCGUGGCAUGAGAAGCAGACUGUAUUCCAGGAGCUGUUGGGCAAGAAAAAGACACACCAGCUGAUUCCACUACUACAUAAUUAAUCGAAAAAAAUUAAAUAAUAAAAAACAAUUAAUAAAUUAAUAUUUUCUCCUCCGAUUUUCUUCAGUAUAGUCUUCGCUUAACCGUACAGUUGCCAAUAAAAUUGAAAAAAAAAUAAA